GAGCAAUCAUCGUCCCCUCGCCAGAUCUAGUGACAGUGUGUCCGAACCAUCCGAUACACUUGCCUCCCGGGUUGUCGGAUGCGCAGAUUUAAGUCUUAAUAGAGUUUUCGUUUUCCGAGAAGCACGAGUCUGAACACCUCCUGGGGCCGGAAUUAAGACCCGAGGAUUCACCAAAUAAUCCCUCACCGACAUGGUCCCUGUGUCAACGUUAUCAGCGGCCGCCUUGGCAAAGACUGGCCAGAGGCAACGCAAAGCCCACCACAAGUCUCGAGCAGGAUGUGGCAAUUGCAAGAUUAGACGUGUCAAGUGCGACGAAACGAAGCCAAAAUGCAAGAAAUGCGUUGCCUUUGGGGUCUCGUGUAAUUACGGGGCCAAGGGAAGCACAAGCGUGGGAGAGCUCGUUCUCUCCUUCGAGGGGGCCUCAUGCAUGGAGACGCCUCCAAAAGCCCCUGUCUCCAUGCAUCAGACUAUGCUUGAUUUGAUCAAUUACAACCUGCGCCAUUCUCCCACCGGCAAGAUACUGGGAGAUCAAAUAUACAAACUCAAGGUCCAGGAUUUAGAGGUCUUGGAUAGGUUCCGCAAUCGCACUAUCUUAACAAUUGGUACCGACGUCACCAAAUGGGUUCUUCAAGCUGAGACCCCGAGGCUUGCCUGCCUUCAUCCUUUUCUAAUGCACGUUGUGCUCGCCUUCACUUACGCUCAUGAUCGCCUCUUAAAACGAGUACCAGGAAAAGCCGGUACGGCUGAGCUCUUCCAUAACUAUAAAGGAGCUGCGCUCCUCAACUACAGGCUUAAUGCAGACGUCACUCCGUCAGAGCGCGAUGCAAUAUGGAUGACCUCAACAUUGAUUGGCGGAAUGGAAUGGAGCAAAAUUGAAGCAGAGUCACCUGAACAGGCCUGGCCAUUGAAAGACCUGGAGCCUGGAGAGCCAGACUGGUUGACUCUCAGCCAAGCCAAGAAUGAGAUCUGGGAUCUCUGUGAUCCGUCCAGGGCGGACAGUUGUUUCAGAAAUCUGCUUCUCAGAUCCAAUCUCGAAGGCGGAGACGCAGAUUUCAACCCCUACGAGCUCAAAGAUGGGGGAUUCCACAACCUCCCCGGCCCGCUGCUGGACUUUCUCGGACUUGCAGACCCACAGACCUGGCAGUCUAGUCCUUAUUACCGCGCCGCAAACAUUGUUUCACAGCUUAUGCCCUUCGAGUACAAUCAACGCCACCUUCUGAAAUUCACCACUUUCCUAUACCUAAUGACACAAGGUUUCAGGGAACUAUGGAUCGAGAAGGAUCCCGGAGUACUCCUCUUGAUCUCCUAUUGGUACGCCAAGACAAUUCCCUACCAGCAGUGGUGGACGCGCAAGAGAGCGUUCCUCGAAUGCCAGGCUAUAUGCAUCUUCCUCGAACGCUACCACAACAACAUUCCAUAUUUGGAGCGCUUACUAGAAUUCCCCAAGCGAUCCAGUGGCCUGGUCUCGACAGAGCAACUGGCGAUCUGAUGUAACAGCAACGUCGUGUCGUUGGCAUGGUGGUGGCGGGGUGGGGCCAGGGAUGAACGCCCACAGCGAUAUGAGGACAACGUACGAGUCACAACAGGCGGAAUUUCCCAUGAACGCGUUCUGUCCGGCCUGUCUCUGGGGGUCUGUGUUUGAUUCUUAGCGGUGAUCGACUCGUCGGCGCAAUUGAAUGGUGCGCUUAUGCCCCUGCACUAACAUGCGGGGACCGAUGGUCAUUUCUCCCGAAUCCGGGGUCAGUCUGUGGGGAAAUGACUUGCAUAAUACGACGUCGGACGGGGAUAGUCUGCUUGAGGGGCUUCCUAUGGUCACUGACGACGCGAAUGCAGGAGCAAUUUGCCUAGCAAUGUUCGGCCGUGUGAUGUCAAUCCGGCCGGUCUGCCGGCGGAAUAUAGCAACAUUGAAUACACG